AUGUCUGACUUACUUGAACCAUGCAGAGUGUGUGCUCAGCCUUCCCAAGGACGAAACUUUGGGGUUUGGAGCUGUCGCGCCUGUGCAGCGUUUUUCAGAAGAGCCGCCCCAAAAAAAACCAGAGAAGAUACAUUUGUAGGUAACAAUGAAAACUGUACAAUUUUCGAAAAUGGGCGGUACACAUGCAAAAACUGCAGACUCAAAAAGUGUUACGAUGUUGGCAUGGAUAUAGGAAAGUUUCAGAACAAUCGAGACCCAUUGUCUUCGUGUAGCCUCUACAAAAAACGAGUGAAGCCUAUGAGUCUGUCUAAUUUUCUCGGAAGACCUGAAUUCAUAUUAUGUCUGGAACCGGAUAGAGCCUCUUACAUCAAAAGUGUAAUUGAUGUUUCUUAUCUUAUUGAGAAAGCUGAGACUAUUUUUCGAGAAGGUUCUACACAUUCUGUUAUUCCUCGAAGGUUUGAGAACUGCUUGGAACAAAUGUCAGCAGCUUUGGAAGAUAUGAAACAAAUUAAAGAAAAAGAGAAAAUUCAAAUUGUGAAAUACAUCGGGAAAACUGAAAACUUCAUGUUCUGGGAGAUGACGUUUACUUCGGCGGCUAAGUGGUUGUCUCAAAUUCCAGAGUUUUCAGAACUAGAGAUGACUGUUAAGCUAAAGAUAUUGAAAACUGUCUGGAUGUUGUGGGCUCGGUUACAGAAACUAUCAGAAACUGCUGAAUAUCAACGGAAGAUGGAAUUGAAAGAUGAUGUGUACAUGUGGACAGACAAUACAUGUAUGGAUUUCAAUGAAGUGGAGGUGGAUCUGAAAUGGUGUACAAACUACACAACAGAACAAAUGAAUUUUUAUCUAGCUCCAGAAUUAGAUGAAAGUUGGAAGAAAUGCAUAGAGAGCCUAAUGGAACUACAACCAACAAAUGUGGAGAUUAACUUCAUGCUUAUCCAACUAUGUCUCAAUGAUGCUGGGGUCAGACAUCAAGGAAAAGUUCUAGAAGCCACUGAUCGACUUCUGAAGAUUCAGGCGGAUAACUUGCAUCACUACUAUGUCAAGACUCUUCAGUUACCACACUAUUCGAAUCGUCUGACAAAAUUGUUGAAAGUGAACAAAUUAAUCGAAAAGAGUGUUCGACUGAGGCGGGAGAAAAAUAAAAUUGCAAAUCUUUUUGAUGUAUUUUCUGUGGAAUUUUCUCACCCGGAAAUGUUCGAGUUGACAUGA